UGUAGGAGAUGGGAAGUAAUGACAGGUGGCACCUCCAGUGAAAUACCUGCAUAGAUUCCACCAUCCUACAGCUUCAGGAUGAAUGGGGAUAUGCCUCAUGUUCCCAUUACGACUCUAGCGGGAAUUGCUAGUCUCACAGACUUGUUGAACCAGCUGCCUCUUCCAUCCCCUUUACCAGCUACGACGACAAAAAGCCUCCUCUUUAAUGGACGAAUAGCAGAAGAGGUCAACUGCCUUCUGGCAUGCAGGGAUGAACCUCUGGUGUCACAGCUUGUCCAUAGUCUCAACCAGGUUUCCACAGAUCACAUAGAGCUGAAAGAUAACCUUGGAAGUGAUGACCCGGAAGGAGAUAUACCUGUGCUGUUGCAGGCCACCUUGGCCAGGAAUCCCAAUGUCUUCAGGGAGAAAAGUAUGCAGAACAGAUAUGCGGUGCAAAGUGGGAUGAUGAUGCCUCAGUAUAAGCUUCCCCAGAAUUCCAUGCAUGGCAGCCCAGCAUCUACCAAUUAUCAACCAACCACUAUCUCUCAUAGCCCUUCCAGUCGAUUUGUGCCACCUCAGACCAGUUCGACAAAUCGGUUUAUUGGCCAGCAAAACAGCCCUGUUCCUAGCCCUUAUGCUCCACAAAGCCCUGCCGGCUAUAUGCCAUAUGCCCACCCUGGAAGCUACACACAACAUCAGCAAAUGCAGCAAGCUUCUGUGUCCAGUCCUAUCGUGGCGGGUGGGCUGAGGAACUUACAUGAAAACAAAGUCUCUGGUCAGUUAUCGGGCAACUCUGCAAACCACCAUGCAGAUAAUUCCAGGCACAGCACCAGUGAGGACUAUCUACAGAUGGUACAUAGGCUGGGCAGUGAGGACAGUGAUUCUUCAAUAAGAAAUGCUGCCUCUUUUUCCCUACGAUCCCCACAGUCUGUAUGUUCUCCUGCCGGCAGUGAUGGGACACCAAAAGGAUCACGGCCGUUAAUUCUUCAAUCCCAGCCUCCUCCCUAUGCCUCCCCACGAGAUGCUCCUCCUGACAUACUGCUGGACUCACCUGACAGAAAGUUGAAAAGACAGAAAAAGUUAAAGCUGAGUAAAGAUGAGAAGGAGCCAAGUGAAAAGUCAGCUAUGUAUGACAUAAUCAGCUCUCCUUCUAAAGACUCCACCAAGCUCACUUUAAGACUUUCUCGUGUGAGAUCUAAUGAAAUGGACCAGCAAGGAGACAUGCUCUCUGGUAUGGAGAACAGUAAUGUCAGUGAUGGUGACCCCUCAUUCAAUGUUCAGUACCCUGGGCACCCAUCAAAAACUCCAGUCACUCCACAGGACAUAAGUCGCCCUUUGAAUGCUGCUGCUUGUUUUCAAGAGCAGACUGAGUUCCUGCAAGUACAACAAGUGCCCGUCCUACAGCCCAACAUGUCUGCAAAACCGUCUCAACCUCCCGUGGCUCAGUCACAAACUCAACCAACAGGAAACAUAACGCCAUACGACGAAGUGGAACUGGAUGCUCUGGCGGAGAUAGAGAGGAUAGAACGGGAAUCCGCUAUUGAGAGGGAGCGCUUUUCUAAAGAAGUUCAGGAUAAAGAUAAACCCUUAAAAAAGAGGAAACAAGAUUCCUACCCAUUGGAAGCUGGAGGUGCUACUGGAGGAAACAGACCAGCUUCCCAGGAGGCGAGCGUGACAGGAAAUGGAUCACGGCCAGCUUUAAUGGUUAGCAUCGAUCUUCUGCACACUGGCAGAGGGGACUCUCAGGCAAAUGUAACUCAGGAUUCAGACUUUGUAAGGAAGCCCGAAGAAGCAAAAUUUUGUAAUGAUGGAUUUGUUCCUGCUCUACCAGACGACCCUACUGGAGUUAUAAAAAAUGUCCCAGAAAACCUCCCAGAGACACCAAGAAAGAGGACAGAGUCUGAAACUGAGUACCCUGAGAGGCCAAUAAAGAGUACACCUGUGUAUUCCGGGGAAAACAUGCAGGAGGAAUUACUGGGAGAAAGUAAACCUUGUGGCAUCAAAGACGAGCCUCCAGAGACUGUGGCGGAAGCUAUGAUUUGUGAAGACAGCAAAAAUGAGGAGAAACCUGAAAUAUGUAAACAGAGCAGCGAGGAGCUGGCAGAGAGUAAACCAGUGGCGGUGUGUGUAAAUGAGGAUGUAAAAUCAGAGGCAAACCUUGCUGAUAUCAUCAUUAGAGAUUCCAAACCUUGUGAUCACAAGGAGGAGGUUAAGGAAAAUGAAAGCUGCAAUGACUCUAAUGAAGAUGAGAAAAAAAAGGAUCAAAAACAGGGUCCAAGUACCCCAAAGCAGCGCAGUGAAGGAAGGUCGGAUACUCCCAAGCAAAAAACUGAGGUAAAGCCUGAGACACCAAGACAAAAGUGUGAGGGAAAACAGGAACAAGCAAAGCAAAAGAGUGAGAGCAAGUCUGAACAACCUAAACAGAAAAGUGAUGGAAGGACUGAUGGGCGCACUGAUAAUCCCAAACAAAAGUCUGAUGGGCGUCCAGAGACUCCCAAACAUAAAAGUGAAAGCCGGCCUGAUACACCUAAGCAAAAGAAUGAUGGAAGGCCUGAAACACGACAAAAGAGUGAGAGCCGACAAGAGGGUCACAGAAAAAGUGAUGAGCGCCCUGUCUUGACUAGACAGCGAAGCGAAGGCCGUCCUGAGACCCCAAAACACAAACAUGACAACAGAAGAGACUCCCUUAGGCUUUCUUCUGACAAGAAGCCGGAUUCAUCAAAGCAUAAAACAGAUUCUAAGCCUGACUCUCCCAGGGUGAAAUCUGAAGGUCGCUCUGAUGGGGCCAAGUCGAGAGUAGACGGAAGGCCAGGCCAUGAGUCUUCAAAGCGAGAUUCUGAGAAUCCAAAGCAAAAAUCUGACGACAAGGGGGAUCCUUCAAAAGUUAAAAAGCCAGAGUCGCUAAGAUCUUCCAACAAAAACGAACCGGAUACAAAGCAUGGUAAUAAAUCUGAUCCUUCAAAAACGGAUAAAAGCGAUAGAAAACAUCGUCAUGAUUCAGAUGAGUCAAGGGACAGACUUUCUUCUGGCGAGCAGAAGUCAAGAUCGGGAAGCCCACGGGUUAAAUCUGACAAACCGGACACAAAUAAACCUAAAUCUGAUAAGCCUGCAUUGAGAUCCCCCUCUGGUAAAGAUGGCAAAGAUGAGAAAAGGACCGAUGGUAACAAAAGUAAAGUGGAUGGCAAUAAGGCCCAUGGUGACAACAAGGCAGGGUUCCCAAGUUAUUUGUUGGGUGGGAGUCAGGGUUCCCUGAAAAACUUUGUCAUUCCAAAACUUAAACGGGAUAAAGAUGGCAAUGUUACCCAGGAGUCCAGAAGAUCGGAAUUAAAAGGGGAACAGAAAAACCAGGGGGAUAAAGUGGGUUUUGUGGAAGAUCUUAAUAAAGGUGCUAAGCCUGUUGUGGUUCUUCAAAAGCUGUCUUUGGAUGAGGUACAAAAACUAAUUAAAGAACGAGAGGACAAAUCCAAGGGUUCAUUGAAGUCAAACAAAAACAAGCCAUCGAAGUCCAGCAAAGGGGGCAUUGAUCAGUCUGUCCUUAAGGAACUUCCUCCUGAAUUGGUAGCAGAAAUCGAGUCAUCGAUGCCACUCUGUGAACGUGUAAAAAUGAACAAACGCAAACGCAGCACUGUAAAUGAGAAGCCGAAAUAUGCAGAAAUUAGCUCUGAGGAAGACAAUGCAAGCGAAGAAGAAUUUGAACCCUCUAAAAAAAGACACAAAAAAGAAAAAGCAGACCAGGAAUGGAAAUUCGAAGAACGUGAAAGGAGAAGUUCUGGUGAUCAUAGGCGCGGAGGUAACGACAGGCGCAGUACUCGCUACAGAGAACGCAGUCCAGAAGAUUCUGACAUGGACGACUCUCCACCACCUCCAAGUCUAAGCGAAGUGGCUCGGAAGAUAAAGAAGAAAGAACGGCAGAAAAAGAGGAAAGCUUAUGAGCCCAAGCUGACACCUGAAGAAAUGAUGGAUUCCUCAACCUUUAAGAGAUUUUCAUCAGCAGUAGAAAAUAUUUUGGAGAACUUGGAAGAUAUGGAUUUCACAACAUUUGGAGAUGAUGAGGAGAUCCCAGCAGAUCUUCUUCUAGGCAAACAUCAGCUCAAUGAACUGGGCAGUGAAUCUGCUAAAAUUAAAGCUAUGGGCAUCAUGAAUAAGAUCUCUUCUGAAAAACUGGUCAAAUUACUGGGAAUUCUCGAGAAGAAUAUCCAGGAUGGUUCAAAGCUGUCAUCUAUGCUGAACCAUAACAAUGACACAGAAGAUGAAGAGAAACUGUGGCGGGAUCUGAUUAUGGAGAGAGUCACAAAGUCAGCUGAUUCCUGCUUAACAGCCAUCAACAUCAUGACAUCUCCAAGUAUGCCUAAGGCAGUGUAUAUCGAGGAUGUGAUAGAGCGUGUUCUCCAGUACACUAAGUUCCACCUACAGAACACGCUAUAUCCACAAUACGAUCCUGUCUAUAGGGUGGAUCCUCAUGGAGGAGGACUAAUGAGUUCAAAAGCUAAACGCGCCAAGUGCUCAACGCAUAAGCAGAGAGUAAUUGUGAUGCUCUACAACAAAGUGUGUGAUAUUGUGGCCAGUUUGUCUGAAUUGCUGGAAAUUCAGCUGCUUACAGACACAACUAUCCUGCAGGUUUCUUCAAUGGGGAUAACACCUUUCUUUGUAGAAAAUGUCAGUGAGUUGCAGCUGUGUGCUAUCAAGCAGGUUACUGCGGUAUUUUCCAGGUACGAGAAACACAGGCAGCUUAUUCUGGAGGAACUCUUCACCUCGCUUGCUAGGCUACCAACAAGUAAAAGAAGCUUGCGUAAUUUUAGGUUAAACAGCAGUGACGAUGAUGGGGAAGCUAUGUACAUUCAGAUGGUGACAGCACUAGUCUUGCAGUUAAUACAGUGUGUGGUCCACCUACCAUCAGAUAGAGAUCACGCAGAGGAAGAGUGCAACAAGAAGGUUGACCAGGAUGUUUUCAUCACCAACUCAUAUGAAACAGCCAUGAGGACCGCUCAAAACUUUCUUUCUAUUUUCCUCAAAAAAUGUGGGAGCAAGCAAGGGGAGGAGGAUUACAGGCCGCUGUUCGAGAACUUUGUACAGGACCUUCUCUCUACUGUGAACAAACCCGAGUGGCCAGCAGCUGAACUCUUGCUUAGCUUGUUGGGAAGAUUGUUGGUUCAUCAGUUUAGCAACAAAUCAACAGAGAUGGCACUUCGUGUGGCUUCCUUAGAUUACUUGGGUACUGUGGCUGCGCGACUCAGGAAGGAUGCAGUUACCAGCAAAAUGGACCAAGGAUCAAUAGAUAGGAUCCUCAAACAGGUUCCUGAAGGGGAAGAUGAGAUCCAACAGCUCCAAAAGGCUCUGUUAGAUUAUCUAGAGGAGAACACCGAGACCGAUCCAUCACUAGUGUUUUCUCGGAAGUUCUAUAUAGCACAGUGGUUCCGUGACACUACAAUGGAGACAGAGAAAGCCAUGAAAUCCCAGAAGGAUGAAGACUCUGAUGGAGCACAUCAUGCAAAAGAUGUCGAAUCCACGGGAGAUAUAAUGCAGAGAGCGGAAAAAAGGAAAAAGUUCCUCCGUAGCAUCAUUAAAACACCACCAUCACAGUUUAGCACUUUGAAGUCAAAUUCUGACAUAGUCGACUACGAUGAUGCUUGUUUGAUUGUGCGCUAUUUGGCCUCUAUGAGGCCGUUUGCCCAGAGCUUUGAUAUUUAUUUGACCCAGAUUCUGCGGGUACUUGGGGAGAAUGCAAUUGCAGUCCGAACGAAAGCCAUGAAGUGUUUGUCUGAGGUGGUAGCUGUGGAUCCAAGCAUCCUUGCCAGGCUGGAUAUGCAGAGAGGUGUGCAUGGGAGGCUGAUGGACAAUUCGACCAGUGUGAGAGAAGCAGCUGUGGAGUUACUGGGACGCUUCGUACUGUGUAGACCUCAGCUGGCCGAGCAGUAUUAUGAUAUGCUCAUUGAGAGGAUUCUGGACACUGGUAUUAGUGUAAGAAAGAGGGUGAUAAAGAUCUUGCGGGAUAUCUGCUUGGAACAACCAACGUUUCCAAAAAUCACAGAGAUGUGUGUAAAGAUGAUCCGCAGAGUCAACGAUGAAGAAGGCAUUAAGAAACUAGUAAAUGAAACAUUCCAGAAACUCUGGUUCACUCCAACCCCUCAAAAUGAUAAGACAGCAAUGACCAGAAAGAUCCUCAACAUAACAGAUGUGGUUGCAGCUUGCAAGGACACUGGCUAUGACUGGUUUGAGCAGCUACUUCAAAAUCUUUUAAAAACAGAGGAGGACGCCACGUACAAACCUGUGAAAAAAGCGUGUACACAGCUGGUUGACAAUUUGGUAGAGCACAUACUAAAGUAUGAGGAGUCCAUGACAGACUCUGACAACAAGGGUGUGAACUCGGGUCGGUUGGUUGCUUGUAUUACCACUCUGUUCUUAUUCAGCAAAAUAAGGCCUCAGCUAAUGGUAAAACACGCCAUGACCAUGCAGCCAUACCUUACCACUAAAUGUAGUACUCAGAAUGAUUUCGUGGUGAUAUGCAAUGUUGCAAAAAUCUUGGAACUAGUCGUGCCAUUGAUGGAGCACCCUAGCGAGACGUUCCUUGCUACGAUGGAAGAAGAUCUAAUGAAGCUCAUCAUCAAAUAUGGCAUGACUGUGGUACAGCAUUGUGUGAGCUGCCUAGGGGCUGUCGUAAACAAAGCAACACAAAAUUAUAAGUUUGUCUGGGCCUGUUUUAAUAGAUAUUAUGGUGCACUUAUGAAGUUAAAAACUGAACAUCAGGAAGACCCAAACAGUACGGUCCUGACCACAAACAAAUCGGCUCUCCUGCGAUCACUUUUUACUGUUGGAGCACUUUGUCGCCAUUUUGAUUUUGAUGAAGAGGACUUCAAGGGUAGCAGCAAAGUAAAUGUUGCGGUUAACAUAAAAGACAAGGUCCUGGAGCUGCUGUUGUAUUUUACAAAGCAUUCGGAUGAAGAAGUGCAGACAAAAGCCAUCAUUGGUCUUGGGUUUACAUUUAUUCAGCAUCCAAUUCUCAUGUUUGAGGGAGAUGUAAAAAACUUGUACAAUAAUAUCCUGUCUGACAAAGGCAGCUCUGUAAAUCUUAAAAUCCAAGUUCUGAAGAAUCUCCAGACCUAUCUGCAAGAGGAAGACACACGGAUGCAGCAAGCAGACAGAGACUGGAAAAAAGUUUCCAAGCAGGAAGAUCUGAAAGAGAUGGGAGAUAUUUCCUCAGGGAUGAGCAGCUCCAUUAUGCAGCUUUACCUCAAACAGGUCUUGGAGUCCUUCUUUCACAAGCAGUCUAGUGUACGGCACUUUGCUCUCAAUGUCAUCGCCUUGACUCUCAACCAGGGUCUCAUUCAUCCUGUGCAGUGUGUGCCAUACCUAAUUGCAAUGGGCACAGACCCGGAGCCGUCCAUGCGGAACAAAUCGGAUCAGCAGCUGAUAGAGAUUGACAAGAAAUACACUGGAUUCAUUCACAUGAAAGCGGUGGCUGGCAUAAAGAUGUCAUACCAGGUCCAGCAAGCAAUCAUUUCUGAUGCAAAGCGCAUAGUGCGUGGGUUCCGGCAGGAUGAGUCCAACAGUGCCCUGUGCUCCCAUCUCUAUUCAAUGAUUCGGGGGAACCGACAGCACAGACGGGCUUUCCUGAUCUCAUUGCUCAACCUCUUUGAUGAUGCUGCGAAAACGGAAGUUAAUAUGCUUGUGUAUAUAGCCGACAAUCUAGCUGCAUUUCCAUAUCAAACUCAAGAGGAGCCACUGUUCAUUAUGCACCACAUAGACAUUACAUUAUCGGUAUCGGGUAGUAAUCUCCUACAGUCAUUCAGAGAGUCGAUGGUGAAAGGAGGAAAGCCCAAGAAAAAGGCAAAAGUGGAAUCGUCAGAAGAAGGAAGCGGCAGCGAAAGUGAGGAGGAAGUUGUCCGGCCAAGAAAAUCAAGGCGGCGAGCGGCAAAUUCUGACUCCGAUGACGAGGAUGACGUAGAUAACGUUCUCAGCUGCCUGCCAGAUAAUUCUGCUCCUCUCAUCGAGUUUGCAAAUGCUUCACAAGGAAUCCUUUUACUUUUGAUGUUGAAGCAGCAUUUAAAAAACCUCUGUGGAUUUUCCGACAGUAAAAUCCAAAAGUAUUCACCAUCGGAGUCAGCAAAAAUAUAUGACAAGACUAUCAACAGGAAAACAGGGUUCCUCUUUAGCCCCAGGCAAACGCUGGAGUUUCUAAAGAGGGACAUGAGUUGCACAAAGAUUAACGACGACAUCAAGAGGAGCAUCGCAAAACAAUACCUAGAUUUCAAGCUGUUAAUGGAACACUUAGACCCUGAUGAAGAAGAGGAGGAAGGCGAGGUCUCGGCAAGCACAGAUGCCCGAAAUAAAGCCAUUACCAAUUUGCUUGGAGGUAACAGCCCUAAAAAUAAUGUGCCUGAGACAGAGGAAGAAGAAAGUGAUGGGGAGGACAAAGCCGGGGGCACAUCAGGGUUAAGAAAAUCAAAAAGAUUAUCAGACUCUUCAGACGUGGCAGCGCAGAUGAAUGAAACCGUCGAUGUCCAGGAUGUCAUUGCAAUUUGUUGUCCAAAGUACAAGGACCGACCACAAAUUGCAAAAGUUGUUCAAAAAACCAGCCACGGAUUCAGUGUUCGGUGGAUGGCAGGCUCCUACAGUGGCACUUGGGCUGAGGCCAAACGCCGUGACGGACGAAAGCUUGUGCCUUGGGUCGAUACUAUAAAAGAGUCAGACAUCAUUUACAAAAAAAUUGCUCUAACGAGCGCAAAUAAGCUGACUAAUAAAGUUGUUCAGACUUUACGAUCGCUGUAUGCAGCCAAGGACGGAACUUCCAGCUAAUAAUAUGUUUGUAUAUUUGCAGCCAAAUUUACAGGAGAGCAGACAAAAAAAAAACCACAAAAACUUGAAUAUCAACAUUCUGGCAAAAAUUUAAAGAAAGAAACGAGAAUUAAAAAUCAAUUUUAUGGAGCGUUAAGGAUGGAGCUUAGCCGCCUGAAGGAAAUGUUUGGUAAACAUUGUUGUGGGAGCUUCCUUCGCUGUUGUACAGCAGAAACUUCUCAGUACAUUUUUACUCCCACUGUAUUAUAGUUUAACAAAAAUUUGUUUAUAUCUUGAAAAAUACUUUCUGUUUAAAAAAAAACAAACCAACAAAAAAAAUUACAAAAAAUAAAACAAGUGAAUGUUGAAAAUUAGUCUGUUAAUGUUCUUAAUAAAGUGUUCUUGGAGUUUAACCUAGCAGCGGAUGGCUUUCUUUAGUUUAGCCCGGUUUCAAGGGAAGUAUCACAUUUUAUUUUAUUAUUCUUUUUGUUUUUUGGGUUUUUUUUUUUUUUCCCAGGCUGUAAAAUGGCAGAAUUUCCGGACGUAUAUAAUUUAUUCUUUUGGGGUUUAAAAGCAUGCAGUAUCUAUGACCUAUCUGCAGGAGUUUUCUUUUUUUGUUUUUUUUUUGUUUUACUUUUGCUUUUAAUAUUUUAUUUUUGUAAAUGUAGAUUUUGAUGUAUAAGGUCACCCUGAAAAUAAUACACGAAAAGGGAUCCCGAGAAUACCUGCUGGCGACAAUACUGCAAUAAAUUUUUUUACUUCUUUGUUA